UUGGAAGUUUUGAAAAGUGAGAAAACUUGGGGAUUGCUACUUGGAAUAAUCAUGGUGAAUUUUUUGGAAUCAAGUUCGGUGGUAUUCUCUAACAACUAACUCUUUUUCUCCCUAUAUAAAGUAUUUUGGUAUUGAGAAAUAAAUCAUGUGUAGAGAAAAAAUUUGAAGAAAUGGCCCUUGAAGGAAUUCUUUCCGGUGUUGGAGUGGAAAUCUUGAAGAAGCUUAGCUCUCAAGCUUCAGCAUACCUUGGAAGGCGAUGUGGUGUUAAGGAUGAUCUUGACAAACUAAGGAGCAAUGUUAAAUCCAUUCAAGCUGUACUUCGUGUUGCAGAGCAACUCCAAGGCAAUGAUCAUUCUUUAACCGAUUGGCUCGAAAAGUUGGGAGACGUCUUUUACGAUGUUGAGGACGUGCUUGAUGAAAUCUCUACUGAGGCUCUCCGUCGAGAAGUGAUGACGAGAGGAAAAAAUGCAAAGCAGGUUAGAAUCUUCUUCUCCAAUUCUAACCAACUUGCAUUUAGCUAUAGGAUGGCAUGUCAAGUCAAGAAAAUUAAUGAGAGGCUAGAUGUUAUUUCCCAAGAAAAAGAAAAGUUUCAUUUCAAUAAUCCAGUUGGGAUACAAAAUGUUUUAUCUUAUCCAAAAGGAAUGCAAAGGAAUUCUCAGUCAUCUUUAAGAGUGGAUCAGAAAAUAUUUGGAAGGGUUGACGAUAUGAACAACCUUAAAAAAAAAUUACUAGCGGAGGAUGACAAGGUGAAAGCUAACGUUUCAUUCAUUGCUAUUGUUGGAAUGGGUGGAAUUGGCAAGACAACCUUGGCCAAAUCUCUCUACAAUGACAAACAAGUCUCUGAUUGUUUUGAGACAAGAAUUUGGAUUUGGGUUUCUCAUCAAUUCGACACAAAAACAAUAUUGGGAAAGAUAAUUGAAUCGGCAACCGUAAAGAAACCAAAGGUAGAUGAAUUGGAACCUUUAAAUACAAAGCUUCAAGAAGUGAUUGGAGGAAAGAAGUAUUUGUUAGUUAUGGAUGAUGUAUGGAAUGAAAACGAAAAUGAAUGGGAGAAUUUGAAAAGCUCGUUAAUGCAUGGUGCAAGAGGGAGUAAGGUUUUGAUCACAAAGCGUGACAGUAAAGCAAUUUCAAGAAUUGAAACAAUUCCUCUAAAAGACUUAACUGAGGAUUCUUCUUGGUUGUUGUUUAAAGAAAUGGCAUUUGAAGAAAGCGACUUAGAGUCAACAAAUCAAAACUUGAUAAAAUUGGGUAAAGAAAUUUCAAAAAAAUGUGGAGGUAUUCCUCUUGUAAUAAGACAUAUAGGACGCUUAUUAAAUGGAAAAACUUCCGUGGAAUAUUGGGAGUUCAUCAAAGAAAAUGACCUUUUAAAUGUCACUCGUGAGGAGAACAAUAAUGAUGGUCAUGUGAUAUCAACAUUAAAAUUGAGCUAUAACCAUUUGUCACCAAAUUUGAAGCAAUGUUUUGCCUACUCAUCCUUGUUUCCCAAAGAAUACAGAAUUACACCAACUGAAUUGAUUGGACAAUGGAUAGCUCAAGGUUUUAUCGAAUCAUCAAAUGAAGGAAAAUCUGUAGAGGAUAUUGGGAAGGAGUACUUAAAUGAAUUAUGUUGGAGGUUUUUCUUUGAAAUAACUUCUACUUCUAGAGAGUUUUCUUUUGAAGAUAAUGAAUUAUGUUGCAUGCAUGAUGUGAUGCGUGAUCUUGCAAGGGAGGUAGCUGGAAAGAAAUUGUACGUACGUGGAGAUCCAAAUAAUGAAUAUGUUGUGAGUGAACAAACUCGUCAUAUUUCAUUUGAAUAUGUAAUAGUAUCAUGGAAGGAUGUUUUAUCCAAAUUGCACCAGGCCAAAGGAUUAAGAACGUUUCUUUCGCUUGCGGAGAGUCCAAUAACAAAUGGAGUUUUGGACAGACUAGUUUCCAACUUUCCACGUUUACGAGUAUUACAAAUCUUUGAUGUGUCGAAGUCUAUAAAAAAGCUUAGACAUCUUCGAUAUCUAAAGUUUACUCGUAUGGAUGCUGGGAAAUCACUUCCAAACUGCAUCACGGAAUUGCAAACACUAGAUCUAACCGAUUGUUUUUCCCCAGUGUAUCUGCCAAGGGAUAUUAAAAAUCUUGUAAAUCUCAGGUAUCUUCUUAGUUAUUCAAAAUAUAUCGAUGCGGUGGAAAUAAUGGAGAAGUUGACUAGUCUACAAACAAUACGUUACGUUUUGCUUGAUUGUAAAAAAUUUGAUAAGGUAAAGAAAUUCAGUAAGAUGAAUUGUUCUAUAGAAUCUAGUUUACAAAUCAUAGGUUUGGAGCAGUUGAGGUUUUUUACAUCUAGAGUCAAAUUAGUAAACCUUAAAAACAAAAGAGUCCCACAUGUGAAACUGGAAUUUAAGAAUGAUAAUACAUAUGACGGCGAUGAUGAUGAAACAAUAUUGGAAGGCUUUGAACCACAUCGAGAUGUUAAAUGCUUGGAUAUUGAAGGGUAUUGUGGAGUAGGAUUACCCAAUUGGGUGUCCACCUUACAUUUGUUAACUGAAGUCUUUAUCAAAAAUUGUGAUAGAUUGCAACAUCUGAAUCAGCUCUCUCAUCUUCAAGCUCUUAAAAUGUUACAUUUAUGGGGCUUAAAAUGUGUCAUGAUGAGUAUAUCAGAAUGGAUUGUCACCCUUACAUCUCUUGAAGUUAUGGAUAUCCGUAAUUGUUGGAAAUUAAAAUCACUUCCAAAGGAAAUGCAACAACUCAAAUGUUUGAGGAAACUUCGCAUAUAUGGGUGCCCAGAACUUAAGGAGAGAUGCAAGGAGGGAGGACAGGAUUGGCCUAACAUUUCCCAUAUUCCCGAAUUGUAUUUACAUUUCUGAUUUCACAGAUGAUAUAUGAGAUGCGGGUGUUUCUAUCCGAUAUGUUGAGAAUGAUCGAGCCAUAGGAGAGAUUGAAAGAUCAUUGCAUAACCAACAUUAUACUACAUUCCUUCCUUUUCCUUGCUGCUUAUGAGAUAAUCAAUGGUAGAAUACGGUGUUAAUGCCAAAUUAAAGCUUAGUUGGGUGUAGAUGAAGUUAAUAUGCAUCAACCGGAGCCAAGGAGUGCAAAAGAGGCUUAAAUAGCCUCUACCUUGCAGCACCGCGACGCAUUAUGGAACAACACUAGUAAGGUAGUAGCUGUCUUUGGGGUAUGAAAGAAGCACAAUGUCACGAUAUCGUUACGAUUUUAUAAAUAAUUCGUCAACUGCCUCGGUCAAACUCUCUCCAAUUCCAGUUAGCCAUAACUCAUUCUCUCUCUCUCUCAACUUUCUAAGUCUUUUUUUGUUGGUUCAUUCCUUAUCUCUUCCACAUUGCUUGAAAUGUCGAGAAUGAGUUACGGUACUCGUUUCUAGUUUGGUUUGUUAAGGAUUUUCCUUAGCUAUUUUAUGUAUAUUUGUGAGUUUAGAACUGGAUUAAUGUGUCUUUUAGUUGUGGAUUCAAUUAUGUUUUUAUUGGGAAUAUGUAUCAUGACAUUCUACGAUUGGUGAUUUCUUGAUUACA